AUGGCUUCCAGAACAAUAUCCCCGGAUUCCUGGCAAGACGACAUGGACUUUUCUCAGCGGCCACCGACAUCAUCUACAAGUGACUUCUCGGAACAUUCUUUCCACAGCCGCUCCAAGUCGAGUGCCAAUGUCAACAGCCCCAAAAGAUUGUCAAUGUUUUCUUCCCGCUCUAGAAGCAACACCACCAACGUCUCAUCCGCCCCCACACGGCAACCGCCCGCUGAGUCUCUCAGUUACGGCGAGCAUCCAGCGUCGCCAGUCCCGCAUGAGGAAAAGACUUCCGAGAAUGUUGCUAGGUCCUUGCUGGUUCGAGGAAGUCGUAUACUGCGCCGCCAGGGCAGUAAAUUGAAUGUGAUUGCUACGACACUAGAGGAAGAGGACGAAUUCGGCAAGAGUGCUGCUCGGUUUGAGGUCUCGAAAGUUUUUCAGAGAGUCCCCAAGCUCAAGAAGAACGAGUCAAAUGAUCAACUAAAACGUAUCAUUUCGGAGCCUUAUAAUUUUCAUCACGUAACCCACACUAGCUCAACGCAGUUCCAAGCUCUGGACAACACCAGCAAUGUCGAGCUAGUUGAAGAGUUCUCUGUCAUUCAAGCUUCUCAAACGCCGGAGCCUGGCUUGAAAGGUAUUCGCGCUCAAGCGCUUCGUUCGGACGACUCCUUCGACGAGAAUGCAGACGAAUUGGAGGAACGACAACCUACAUCGCCUACAUCACCUUUGAGAAGAAGUCCUCCAGUAUCACCGCGUGAGCCAAAGUCGCCAGGAAGAAUUGAGAACUUCUCACGCCCUGUCUCUCGUUUAAACAAGCCGUUGCCACCAUCACCAUCUAUUGCUGCUCCGCCACGUGUGUCUUCCCGCCAAAUUCAGUCGGACAUACCCGAGCCGACAACUCUGGCCAUCGAUGAACUACUUGGAGUGAACAUACAGCCUGGCAUUCGCGACUAUGAAUACCCAUCACUGGAUGGCGCACCAUUCCAUAAGGUCUCCUCACUGGACCGCAUCGAUCUUGCCGGAAUUUUCCAACCCGAACUCAGCCCUGGGAUGAUGAGUGGCCAGUUCGAGACUACUGAUGAUCUUAGCAUCGAUGAUGAUGGCAAAUCCACCACGGCUUUCAUCAACAGCUACUUGUCCGAUUUGGAGGAUGUUCCAGAAGAAGAUGAGACGAAAGAAACGGAUGAAGGGGUUGCGCGCGCAUCCCGUCUCAUGUCAAUAUCAGGAAGCAUUAAUGAGGUUGUCGCGAACGAUGCCAAGGCAUCCGCUGCUCCUGCUCACGAGUCUAUAAUCAUUGUUCAGGAUUCGCAGCUGUCAUUCACUGAAGAGAUCACAUCGCCUACUCUGCCCGAUUUCCAACCGAUUAUCCAGGACUCACCCGUCUCGCAAGCCAGCGAUACAACAAGGCGUACUUCGAUUGCUGGUUUUGGCCAAUUCCCCAUGGCAUGGGAGGAAGACAUCGACUUUUGUUAUGAACAUGAAGCUGUAGCAGAUUGUGAAUUUGACUGGAGUCGGCUCUCUUUGGAUACCUCGAGGACAGCACCAGGCACUGAAAUGCCUUCACGAACAGUCCACACUCAGAGCCUGAAACCCCAUUACCUCCAAGUGAACGCCAGCUCGAUMCCAGCCACUCCGGACUUGGAUCCAGGCUCGGCGCAAUCAGUUCUCACCAGAUCACACGAGGCUUUGACUCCUUUGAGUGACGGCGCUGCUCAUGCUGAAUUUUUCCACGCUGGUACUGCUGGCCACGAAUACCCGAAAAAGCUUGAGACAGACGAUGUCGAUAACGAAACUGCUUAUGAAAGCUUCCUCGCAGUCGGAGAUGAUCCUGAUCGUCAGUUUCAGUACUAUACGCAGACGUCUCAUCCAGUUGACGUUACGGCAUCUCCUAGGAGUAGCUACUCGCAAAUCAGCAAGUACAACUCUCAAGAAAGCGUCAUUCUGUCGCGCGCAGCAUCCAUUGUGCGCAAACACCGCUCAUCGACUUCAACAACUAGCGUUCCAGAGUUGACGAACAGUGCCAACAGCAGCCGUGAGAACACUAUUCGGGAGAGCAUCGAAUCGCUCGAGCAUCCCCAACUAGUUGAAACGACUCGACCUGGCUUCUCUAUUCAUCGCCCAGUCAAGAGCUUGGGCUCAGAAUUGAGUGCGCUGGCGAAGCUUCGCUCCGCUGGUAGCAACAGUAGCAUCCAUGUCGUGGAUCUGCCGUAUCCAUCGCCAUCUCCGACCCAUGAUCGAACAAGAUCCACCUCUGCUCUUGACCACGACGAGCAGACGCUGCAACAAUCGGCUCAGGGCCUUCCAUUCGCGAUUCGACAAUCGCUGGCUGCGCAAAAGCGGAAAAGCCGAGCUGGAUACUCCCUUUUCCCCACUAUGCAAUAA